AUGGCCKCCCUGAUGACCGAAGGAUGUGAGGAAAAUAAAUGGGAUCUUGAGUUGUCAAAAGUUCAACGAUGUAUUAAUAACAGUGAAAGCAAGGUGACUUCCAAGAUACCCUUUGAACUGUUGCACGGUUACCGUCCGAGGUUUCGGCUUGGAGCCUUGAGAGAGUUUUCUCAAACCGCUGAAGGAUGGACRACACCCAAGGAUCUGUGGGAGGAAGCCAGAGAACAUAUGGACGAAUCAAAAAGGAAGUCUAAGUCAGCUUUUGACAAAAGCCGUCACGAUAACAUYAAGUACRCCAUUGGAGAGGUUGUUGUGAUGAAACGUGCGCCUACAUCUACGGGUGAAUCUACUAAACUUCAAGAUCGGUACCGAGGUCCAUUAGUUGUCACCGAAGUGUUGCCAGGUGAUGUGUAUCGGGUUACAGACCUAGUGGCCUCUAAGAAGAGUCGCUUCGCUACAACUGCACACGUUAUGCAACUCAAAUCGUGGAAGUUACACGAAGAAAUGGAGCCUGAAUUGAAGGAAAAUGAUGAAAGCAAACGAGAAGUAGCUAGGGUAGAGUCUGACCGACCUGUUAGAAAACGUCAACCUCCAUGCUGGGCUAAGGACUAUGUUGAAUGA